AUGUAAAAUGAAGUAUGAGGAACGAUAUCGAUAACAAAUAGUAUUUAUCGAAUAUUUAAUAAUAUCGAAUUAUUUUCAUUUCCUACUACUCCCACGUAUUUGCUUUUAUAUAGCUUUUAGAAUUCCUUGACUACAUCUAAAUAACUUUCAAUUUAGUCAUACAAACUUCAAAAUAAUGGCAAAGAAAAAAUGUUGAGUUCUAGAACUCAAUAUUCUUUAUUUAAUUUCUAUUUUUCUCGUAAAUAAGUGGCUAGCCUUCUUCUGUAGAUACAAGGUAGAAUAUAUGUCAUUUUCAUUAGAAUUUUUCCUUCCUUCGAGAAUAUGUUAAUUGCGCCAAUAGAAAGAAAAACACACAAACGCACAACCGGGAUUCAAACACGACAUCAGGGUUGAGAAUCACCACGAUCAAUCACAAGACCUAUAAGGGGGUCUAGGUGUACGCCAUGUUCAGACUUUCCUUUUAUUCAUGGCUAUGCUGCUGGCAUUCAGUAUGCGUGUCAACAUCAGUAUGGCAAUAGUUGAUAUGACCGAUUCAAAAAAUGCUACGUAUUUCGAGUGGAGCUAUAGUAUCCAGUCUAUGAUCCUGUCAUCAUUCUUCUGGGGCUACGUGUUCCUGCAGAUUCCUGGAGGUGAACUAGCGAGGAGAUUUGGAGGGAAAGUGCUGAUCACCAUCUCUAUUUCUGUGAACUCUCUGAUCUCAGUGUUAAUGCCAAUUUUGGCCCAGAUAGGUGGAUGGCAAAUGGUCAUUGUAUGCAGAACCCUUCAAGGUUUGACUCAAGCUUUUGUUUAUCCCUCUAUGCAUCAUCUAGUCAGUCAAUGGAUACCAAUAGAAGAGAAGGGGACAUUGACUACAAUUAUUUAUGCUGGGGCUCAACUUGGUAUCGCGCUACAACUUAUGGCAGCAGGUUUCCUGGCAGAGGCUUGGGGUUGGCAGGCAAUAUUUUACACUAAUGGAGCACUCGGAAUCAUUUGGACAAUUAUUUACUUAUUUAUCGGCGCUGGCAGACCUGAGGAUUCAAAAUAUAUAUCUAAGGAAGAGUCUCUAUACAUUCGCACCUCUUUGGGAAGAGUGGAAGAACCAAAGCGAGUAAAAACUCCUUGGUCCAAGAUUGUUCUAUGCUUACCGCUCUGGGCCGCUGUCAUCGGGCACUGCGGACAAAACUGGGGUUUCUUUACCCUAAUGACUGAAAUGCCAACGUAUAUGGCCAAAGUCCUUGGCAUGAAUUUAACACAGAACGGAGUACUAUCUUCGCUUCCAUAUCUAGCUAUGUACGCACUAAGUUUUCCUAUGGGAAUUAUGACUGAUAUCAUAGUGAGGAAAAAAUGGUUGAGUGUUUCCAAUACAAGAAAACUGUCAAAUACUAUAGGUCUUUGGGGUCCCGCAGUAGCCCUGAUUGGCUUAUCUUAUAUCCCAGAAGGAAACUUGACAUUAGCAGUAGUGAUGCUUACAGUAUCUGUGGGAGUCAAUGCUGGAACCUAUACGGGAUACAUGCUGGUACUCAACGACUUGGCGCCAAACUUCAGUGCAAAUCUUAUGGGCAUCUCAAAUUUCUUUGCCAAUAUAAUUUCAAUCAUUGCUCCACUUUUUUGUGGUGUCAUCAUUCAGGAUGAGUCGGACCCAACUGAAUGGCGUAAAGUAUUCUUCUUAGCAUCAGCUGUUUACUUCUUUACCAAUCUGUUCUUUAUUUUAUUCACAACAUCUGAAAAACAACCUUGGAACGAACCAGAGGAAAAUGAUAUUGAAACCAAACCGGAAGUAAAAGAAAAAUGAAGAAGCUACUAGUAUUUUAUAUUGUAUUUUGUACAUGACUGAGUUGUUACAGGGAAGAAAAACGUUGUUAUUAUUUUAAGACAUUAAGAUUAUAUGGCAUAUGUUACUGUAAAAUAAAUACUGCAAUUGUUUUAAUUUAAGCCAAACUAAUAAUUAAAAAUAAUAAACAAUUGUAAAU